GCUGCCCCCCUCCGGCCGACGUGCGGCGAACUGCAGGCGGAAGUUGCUGCGUGUUAUUUAAACUACAGACGACUACUGAUAACGCGAUCUGGGCGAGUUCAUGUUCCUGUCCGUGGACCAGUUUCGUUUUUUCUUCUCCUCACCUUUGACGUCAAAGGCCCCCAACCCGAGUUCGGUGCAGCAUCAGGUUAAUGGAGAACGAUGGCCCGCAUCUCUCUGGACUGUCCCAACUCUCUGCCAGGAAUCCCUCUCAGCGUGCUGUCAGUGCCCAUGGAGAAUAAGUACAAAUGUCAGCAGUGUCUCCAGGUCCUGAGGAAACCCGUCCAGGCUCAGUGUGGCCACCGCUUCUGCGUGCACUGCUUCAAGCUGCUCACCAGCGCUGGUCCGAAGCCGUGCGAAGCCUGCCGCCAGGAGGAGAUCUACGAGGAGCCUAUGUCCAUUCUGAACAGCAAUGAGGCGUUUCCAGACAACGCAGCCGGUCGAGAAAUAGCGAGUCUGCCGGCCAGGUGUCUGAACCAGGACUGCAGCUGGACGGGUUCUAUAAAAGAUUAUGAGGCUCAACAUGAAGGGCGCUGCGAAUAUGAGCGGGUGCAGUGCGAGGCGUGCCAGGCCUCCGUCCUCCGCAGGGACAAGGACAGACACAACGAGAGGGAGUGCGAGGCAAGAACUCUCAACUGCAAAUACUGCAAAGUUACGUUCAACUUCAAAGACAUCAAGGCCCACGAUGAGAUCUGCGUCAAGUUUCCCUUACAAUGCAAAGACUGCGGCAAGAAGAAGAUCCCGAGAGAAAAGUUCAACGACCACAUCAAAUCCUGUGCCAAGUCAAAGAGCGCCUGCCCGUUCGGUGAAGUGGGCUGUAAAACUGUGAUAGAGAACGGGAAGCUGAGCGACCACGAGCACGGCAGCACCAUGGAGCACCUGCGCCUGCUGCUGCCCAUGGUGCUGUCCAUGAGCCGCCCGCACACCGAGGCGCUGGGGUCCGGGGAGUGGCAGGAGGACUCGGGUUUGGGUCUGUACAGAGCGCCCGAAGAGGGAAGCGGAGCGGCAGCCGGCACACAGCCCGUCGACCUGGAGAAAAAAGUAAACGCCUUAGAGAACAUCGUGUGCGUCCUGAACCGGGAAGUGGAGCGCAGUUCACUCACCCUGGAGGCGUUCGCCCACCAGCACCGGCUCGACCAGGAGAAGAUCGAGAACCUGUCCAACAGGGUGCGGCAGCUGGAGCGCACGGUGACCAUGAGGGACCUGCAGCUGUCGGAGACGGAGCAGCUGGUGCGGGAGCUUCAGCACUGCACCUACGACGGGAUAUUCGUCUGGAAGAUCACCGACUUCUCCCGGCGCAGGCAGGAGGCCGUGGGCGGCCGGACGCCGGCCAUGUUCUCACCCGCUUUUUACUCCAGCAAAUACGGCUACAAGAUGUGCCUCCGGCUGUAUUUGAACGGCGACGGGACAGGACGGGGGACGCACCUCUCCCUGUUCUUCGUGGUCAUGAGGGGCAAGUGCGACGCUCUGCUGAAAUGGCCCUUCAGUCAGAAGGUGACUCUGAUGCUCCUGGAUCAGAACAACAGGGAGCACAUCAUCGACGCUUUCCGACCCGACAUCACGUCCACCUCCUUCCAGCGGCCCAUCAGCGAGAUGAACAUCGCCAGCGGCUGCCCGCUCUUCUGCCCGCUGGCCAAGCUGGCGGGCAAGAGCCCGUAUCUGAGAGACGAUACGAUAUUUAUCAAAGCCAUCGUAGACCUGACCGGCUUAUAAUGUGCACUGUGGAAGCUGCACUGGAACCUCUUAGAUGUAAUACAACUAUAAUAGAUUAUAUAUAUAUAUAUAUAUAUAUAUAUUAAUAUAUGCUAAUAUAUGGAUAAUAGCAGUAUACUUAAUAAACAGGAACAAUAAAUCAUAAUUAUAAAUAUAUAAAUGUAUAAUUAUCAAAUAUCUCAGACAUGUAACUAUGGCUGCAACAUAUUAUGAAAUAUCUUCAUAUAGUUAAUUAGAAAAUAAUCGUUAUAAUAUUGAUUAUUUCAAAAAAAUUUUUUGUGUGUGUGUUAAACAAAAAAGGUUCUUUUGCUGUUUUUAAUGUUUUUGCAAGAUAAUAUGUUUCGCUUUGAAAUGAUUUAUGAGAGACUUUAAUCUUUCAUCACAAUAAGAGGAAGGAAGGUAGAUCCAUAAACAUCAAAAUCCAGCCGACCGGUCAGGCGGCGUCCAAACGCAGUCAGUUCUAACUAAACCGUACUUUUUUACCUGUUUAACAAGAAACAUGUUAAUGAAAUGAAAAAUGUCGUGUUUUUUGCAGAACUUCAUCUGUAAGUGAUUGCAGAAACGAAACACGAUGAGGGUCUCGCAGGUUUGCAUCAUUUAAAAAAAAAAAAAAAAAAAGCCCAGUGCACGGGUGUUUUUUUUUAAAAACUUUAUUUAUUUAUUUUUUGCUUGGAUUUUAAUUUCACAACAGCAAACCAUAGUAAAAGACAUUAUACUUUGUCUUUUACCUAACAUUUUCAAUUUCAAGAAGACUUUGUUAGUGAGUUUUGUUUUUUAAAUGCGCCACCACAGCCACACCACAGAUGGCGUAUUUAAAAGAAACUGUAAAAUGUGUUUAAAUCACUUAAAAACCAGGAAAAUGUGAGAAUAAAUAGAAGAAAGCAGGACAUGGGAAAUAUCUACUUUAAAAAGACGUAUCAAAAUGUCGCUUUUUGGUUCUUUUAGGUGUCACAGCUUUGAUGUGAACAUGUUUAAUUCAGUUUGAAAGUAUUGCUUUUGGUGAAAAUUACCAUCUGAAUACCUCAGAAUGUGAGUCGUUAAUGUUUGUGUGUCUUUUAAGCGAGGUGAUUUAUCUUCCACUGCAGAACAUUCAGCAGCAGAUGCUGACGUCUCAGCUCUAGUUAUUGUUUUUAUUUUUGAUUUUUUUUUUUUCAUGAUGUUUGGACCUCCGUCUAGAGAAAAGUCACUGUAGCCAAGCUAUGCAGAUGUUUAUGUUUUGAUAUCUGUAGUAUUUAUUUGUUUAUCUUUGACCCAUAAAAAUGCUUUGUGCAGAAGAUUACAACGAAUGUGAAAUUUUAAAAGAAAAACAAAAAAUCAUAGACUAAAACAAACAGUACUGCUCUAACUAAACAUGCAUAAUCACCACAUCAACAUAAUCAAUACAUAGCCAAUAUUACAGGCAAAUAUCAGUAAAGCUAAUGAACUUAUCGCUAAUUACUAUGACUGUACUAUGUUACACUUGUGGAGCCGGCUUUAGUGAUUAUUACUGUUUAUUAAUGUAUAACUUUGCUGUUUGAUGCAGCAGAAGAUAAUAUUUUAACUAAACACACUGAGUCAUCAUAGAUUAUGACUUUCUGUAUCAAUGCCAGGGAUUUUUAUUUCACACUGUGUGAAUAAAAGACUAUUUAAACCUUU